UACGGAGGAUGAACUUGUAAUUGAUGUUUCUUAAAUUGGAAUUUUUGUUAUCUUCAGUCUUAAUAGCUACACUUUAGGCAAUGGUGUUUUUAAGGUAGCCUUAAUGUUUGGUUGCCCAAACACUUCAAAAACAAAAAAUUUGAUCUGCUAAUCAUACAUUUUUGUUUUCGAAAGUAUCAUAUUAUUUUAAAAUGCAAUUGAAUUUGUGUACAAAAUGUUGUUCUAUAAGAAUGGUGAUAUGCUGGACGGUCUUGACGGGUGUAUUAUUUGCUGGAUCUCUUGUGUUAGCUUUUUAUGGGAUACCUGCAAUUAUAACAAUAUUAAUACAUGGGCAAACAAGACUAGUAGAGGGCACCGAUCAAUGGGAUAGAUUUACCGAAUUGCCUUUUGCGUUAAACUUUAGUAUAAGAUUUUUUAAUGUCACCAACGCUGAUGAUGUGCUUACAGGUUCUAAGCCAGAUUUAAGUGAAACACGUCCAUAUACAUACAAGCUGAAUAUUAAACGAGAAAAUAUAAGAUCUGAUGACUCCGAGGAAGAUAGUGUCACUUAUAGCAGAAAGUUAACAUUUGAUUUCGAUGCCUCGGGUAACAACACUGAAAAUGAUAAAAUUCGUGUUAUUAACCCCCUACUAAUGUCCCUUUUUCAAAUGACUAGUGUCAUAGAAAGAAUCGCUGCGGUUGGAUGUUUUGAUAAAAUAUUGACACCAGCGGGUCUAGACGAGAUAUUCCUGGAUACAACUGUGAAAGAAUUACUCUGGGAUGGCAUAAAAUUUGCCAAAGCUAAUGAAGAAGGUCUUGGUGUGGCUUGUGGAAUAAUUAGAAAUACGCUCAUUACUCGUGCUAAUAAAAUUAGAGUUAUCGAGGUGGAAAAUAAUGGAACCACUGAAGAGUAUGCGAAGAUUUCAAUUUUAAAUUUUAAAACCUCGAACUAUUUGAAAGAGUCACCAGAUGGCAUCUAUACAAUAAAUAGAGGUAUAGAUAACAUGACGGCUCUAGGAAACGUGAUGAGAUGGAAUCACGAUUCGAAAUUGCGCACAUUUGGGCAUGCAUCAGCUACCAAUAACGAGACAUGUCAAACUAUACGGGGUACAGAUGCUACCAUUUUCCACCCAGGUAUAAAAGAAAAUGAGGACUUGUGGGUUUAUAAUACUGAUAUUUGCAGAACAAUUAAAUUGGGGUACGUUAACUCAAACGAGACUUACAAAGGAAUAACUGGUAUCAGGUUUGAAGCAAGCAAACGAAUCUUCAGACCUUCCACUCUUUUGGAGGAAAACGACUGCUAUUGCUCCAAAGCUACCACCGACGAAACAGGAACGGCAAGAUGUUAUUUGGAUGGAGUUUUUGAUUUAAAACCAUGCAUAGGUGCAGCGAUUUUAUUAUCUCAACCACAUUUCUUAAACGCAGAUGCAAAAUACUUAAAUAAUACUGGUCAAGGUCUCCAACCAGAUCAUGACAAGCAUGGAAUCUAUCUUCUUAUCGAGCCUAAUACAGGAACUCCUCUUGAAGCUAUGAAAAGAGUUCAAUUAAACUCUGUGUUAAAAAAACAAUCAUUUUUAAGUAGUUUAACGCCCCAAGAAAUGCACGAAGGAGUCUUUCCGAUCUUAUGGCUAGAAGAGGGGGUACAGCUGCCACAAAAUCUUAUAGAUCUUUUAAAUGACAUGUACUCCACACCAGUAAAGAUCGCGACCGCAUGCAAAUAUGCAUUGAUAGCCACAUUUGCUGCAUUGUUUACUGGUUGCAUGUUUUUGAUUUUUAGAAAAUCUUUCUGUAGAAAUAAACACUCAAUAUAAUAUAGUCGCAACACUGA